AUGCGGUCCCUGAACAUCACCCCGGAGCAGUUCGCCCGGCUGCUGCGGGAGAAUAACGUGACUCGGGAGCAGUUCAUCGCGCUCUACGGGCUGCAGCCGCUGGUCUACAUCCCGGAGCUGCCCGGCCGCACCAAGCUGGCCUUCGUGCUCGUCUGCGUGCUCAUCUUCGCCCUGGCGCUCUUUGGCAACUGCCUGGUGCUCUACGUGGUGACCCGCAGGAAAGCCAUGAGGACCGUCACCAACAUCUUCAUCUGCUCCCUGGCGCUCAGCGACCUGCUCAUCGCCUUCUUCUGCGUGCCCUUCACCAUGCUCCAGAACAUUUCCUCUAACUGGCUGGGGGGUGCGUUUGCUUGCAAGAUGGUACCGUUUGUUCAAUCUGCUGCUAUUGUUGCUGAGAUUCUCACAAUGACCUGCAUUGCUAUGGAAAGGCAUCAGGGAAUUGUGCAUCCAUUAAAAAUGAAAUGGCAGUACACCAACAGAAGAGCUUUCACAAUGCUGGGAAUAGUCUGGUUGCUGGCAGUUAUUGUUGGGUCACCUAUGUGGCAUGUACAGCGACUGGAGAUUAAAUAUGACUUUCUGUAUGAAAAAGAGUAUGUUUGCUGCUUGGAAGAGUGGACCAGUGCUGUUCACCAAAAGAUAUAUACCACCUUCAUUCUUGUCAUACUAUUCCUUCUUCCACUGAUGCUGAUGCUUCUGUUGUACAGUAAGAUUGGUUAUGAACUCUGGAUUAAGAAACGAGUGGGAGAUGCUUCAGUUCUUCAAACCAUUCAUGGGAAUGAAAUGUCUAAGAUAUCAAGGAAGAAGAAGCGAGCAAUCGUUAUGAUGGUGAUGGUGGUGGUUUUAUUUGCAGUCUGCUGGGCCCCUUUCCAUGUGAUUCACAUGAUGAUAGAAUACAGUAAUUUUGAAAGUGAGUAUGAUGACGUCACAAUCAAGAUGAUCUUUGCUAUUGUUCAGAUCAUUGGGUUUUUCAAUUCCAUUUGUAACCCUAUGGUAUAUGCCUUUAUGAACGAGAACUUCAAGAAAAAUUUCCUCUCUGCAAUCUGCUUUUGUAUUGUCAAGGAAAACCCAUCCCCUUCGAGGCGACUUGGAAACUCGGGGAUUACCAUGAUGCAGCAAAAGGCAAGUCUUUCUCUAAGAGAGCCCACUGCUUUAGAGGAGGCCAGGAGAGAAGCAUUCAGUGAUGGCAACAUUGAAGUCAAAUUGUGUGAUCAGCCAGCUGCAAAAAAGAAUACAAAAAGGCACCUUGCUUUGUUUGCCUCUGAACUCACUGUACACCCUGCAUUAGAGAAUGGACACUAG